AUGAAAAAGCGUCCGAUUAACGAGCGAGAACACCAGCGGGUUCGAGAUACGAGGUUCUACUUCCAGGAAAUCUGGCGUUCUGGUAUCGGUUGGGACGACACAGUUUCCGAUCAUCAUCAUAACAAGUGGAAAACCUGGUUGAGUGUUUUGAACUCCGUAGGCGAUAUAGCUAUUCCUAGAUGUUACCGCAGUUUAACCUCAUCAUCAAUCGAAUCUAACGAAGUACAACUUCACACCUUCAUCGAUGCAAGUGAGAACGGAUACGUAGCAGUUUCUUACAUAAGAUACGCAGAAAAGGGUGUCAUAGAAUGUGCCUUUGUUGCUGCAAAAACUCGAGUUGCGCCGCUCCGAUACUUAUCUAUUCCACGAUUAGAGCUUCAAGCCGCAGUUAUUGGGACGAGAUUGGCCAAGGAUAUCGAAGCAAGUCAUCGAGUGCAAAUAAAGAAACGCUUUUUUUGGUCGGAUUCUCGAGACGUCCUCUGUUGGAUCCGGUCAGACCACAGGAAAUACACCAAAUACGUAGGCGCUAGAGUGGGAGAGAUACUCGAAAGCUCUGUCAUCAACGAGUGGAAUUGGGUGCCGACAAAGUUGAAUGUAGCUGAUGAAGCCACCAAAUGGCAGAAGAUUCCAGAUUUUUCUCCGUGCAGCCGGUGGUUUAAAGGUCCAGAAUUUAUCUGGAAACUUCGAGAGGAAUGGCCUGAGCAGUCUUCUUGUAUUGAACCUACUACCAACGAACAAGUGCAAUCGGUGAACGUGCAUUCCAUAGAUGAACCUUUCCUCACACCGUUCUACUAUGGCAUAUCAGACAGGAGGAAGCUAGUACGACUUGCAGCAUUUGUUCUUCGCUAUAUAGCAAACAUCAAGGAAACCUUGAAAGAAUUACCGCUUUCAGUUGGCAUCGUUACACAAUCAGAAAUGCUGAAAGCAGAGAACUUCAUCUACCGUCAUGUUCAGCUCGAAGUGUUCCCACAUGAAAUCCAAUUGCUCUCACAGAAUAAAAACUCUCUUCUUCCAAAAAAGAGCCUACUAUACAAACUUUCGCCGUUUCUCGAUGAGAAUGGACUUCUCCGUAUGCGUGGUAGAAUUACAGCGUGCGAAUUCAUCGAUCCUUUCACAGCUUAUCCUAUCCUGUUACCUAGAGAACACAUAGUAACCGAACUCAUCGUUAAUUCCGUCCACAAUCGCUAUCAUCACCUCAACCACGAAACUGUCGUGAAUGAACUUCGUCAGUUAUAUCAUAUCCCUAAGCUCCGAAGAGUUUGUGACAAAGUACGUCGUAACUGUCAAACCUGUAAAAAUGCUAUGGCCAAACCAAAUCCACCGUUCAUGGCUGAUCUACCACCAGCUAGACUGGCGGCUUAUUGUCGACCAUUCUCUUACAGUGGAAUCGACUAUUUUGGACCUCUUCAAGUAGUAGUUGGCAGACGAGUUGAAAAGCGAUGGGGAGUACUUAUCACCUGCCUAGUCGUACGAGCAGUCCAUGUUGAAAUCGCUCACACGCUCACUUCAAGCUCUUGUAUUAUGGCACUACAGAAUUUUAUAGCCAGGCGGGGAGCUCCACUAGAAAUUUUCAGCGACCGAGGAACAAAUUUUGUAGGUGCAAAUCGUGAACUGAAUGAAGCUCUGGGAAAACUAGACCAGGAUAAAAUUAUCCAAGAGAUUGUGUCAUCUAAGAUCAAAUGGUCAUUUCUACCACCCUGUAGCCCACAUAUGGGAGGAAGCUGGGAAAGAUUGCCGACAGACGAAGUCUUAAGGAAUGCACUAUUAGAAAUUGAACACAUAAUCAACUCACGCCCCCUCACCUAUCUACCUAUUGAAAACGCCGAUACCGAGGCAUUAACACCUAACCACUUUUUGGUGGGUUCAUCCAGCGGCUCCAAGCCUAUUGUACCAUACGAUGACAGUUCCGCUUUAUUAAAGAACACCUGGAAAACAUCACAGCUUAUUGCAAACUAUUUCUGGAAGCGGUGGUUACGCGAGUACCUACCAACGAUAACCCGUCGCACAAAGUGGUUCUAUCCCGUCAAACCUAUUAAAGUGGGCGACAUAGUCGUGAUUACCGAUCCAGAACUUCCUCGAAACGUGUGGCCCAAGGGACGUGUUAUCAAGGUCCACAACAGAGAUGGACAAGUACGCAGUGCAACGGUUAAGACGGCCUUCAGCAUAUAUGAUCGACCAGUGGCUAGGCUAGCAGUAUUAGACGUCGGUGCUACGUGA